AUGAGCAGCAUAUCCAGCCUCAAGGAGGGGGAGUUGCAACAGCACGCCGACCGGAGGGCACGUGGCCUUCCCAACAUUACACAACAUCUAUACCUGGAUAACAACCUACUGGUUACCAUACCAUCUGAUUCCUUUGUUGAUCCCCUGCUGUUUGAGCUAGAUCUUUCACACAAUAGGCUGGUUCACCUGGAACCUGGAGCAUUCCUAGGUUUGGCUGGCUCAUUGAGCAGACUAGAUCUUUCCUCCAACCAGCUAGAGACCCUGGAUCCCAUGUUGUUGGGGGACCUCAGUGCCCAGACUAACCUCUCUCAUAACCCCUGGCUGUGUGACUGCCGUCUGCAACUGGCUAUGCCACAGCAGCUCUUGGAUCCAUCCUCGCUCGCUGAGGUGGUUUGCAACAAUUCUGAGCCAGAAGAGCUUGGGGCACAAGGUAUGCCAUUCAUCUUAGUGGCGGCUGAUCUCGACUUCUGUGCAGCACUCAGGAGGACCACUGACGUGGCUAUGCUGAUAACAAUGUUUGGCUGGUUUAUAAUGGUUAUAUCAUACAUGGUUUACUAUGUCAGACACAACCAAGAAGAAGCCAUAUGCCACCUUGAGUAUCUAAAAUCUCUCCCCAGCAGGCAAGGUGGAAUCAUUAACUCUUAA